AUGAGGAGUAACGCGCACAAGAGCGAGAGGCGCGGACGUUGGGACACGAGCGGGCUUGAGGGGCCGGCGAAGACGCUGGUCGAGGCUGAUAAGGGCGCGGGGAACUGGUGGCGCAAGCUGGAGGUAGUGGAGCAGCUUCUAUUGCCGUUGGAGCGGGGUCAGCGGCUCGAUGCCAUGAUCUACGCGUCCAUCUACCUGCAGUGGAUCAACACGGGGCAGAUCCCGUGCGUGGAGGACGGCGGGCACAGGCGGCCCAAUCGCCACGCGGAGAUCUCCCGCCGCAUCUUCCGCUGGCUCGAGAAGGAAGGCACCAGGAGCUCUGCUCUCACGUCUGAGGAGAAAGUGGUGAUGCGCAAGAUUCAUCCGCGCCUGCCCGCCUUCUCUGCUGACUUCACGGCGUCAGUACCCCUCACUCGCAUCCGAGACAUUGCUCACCGCAACGACAUCCCACACAACCUUAAGCAAGAGAUCAAGCACACGAUUCAGAACAAGCUGCACCGCAACGCCGGGCCCGAGGACCUGGUGGCCACGGAGCUGCUGCUGCGCCGGGUGACCCGCACGCCAGGCGAAUACAGCGAGGCGUUCGUGCAGCAGCUGAAGCUGUUCUACGCUGAGCUCAAAGACUUCUUCAAUGCGAGCAGUCUGACGGAGUUGCUGGAGAGCAUUCGCCCCUCACUGGACGAUACAGGCGCUGCCAUGCUGCAGAACUUCCUCGCGUGCAAGCAGAACGUCGAUGCACUGCCGUCUUCAGCAGGUGCAUCAGGAGAGUCAUCACAGGGGGCGGCAGCGUCCGGUCGGCCGACUGACGUGCUGAUGUCAGCGCUGCAUGCGCUGACAGGGCUGCGGGCCGUGCUGAUGUAUUCCCUGGAGAGUGGGCUCAGGAACGAUGCUCCUGAUGAUGCCAUUGCCAUGCGGCAGAAGUGGCGACUGGCGGAGAUCUGUCUGGAGGAGUAUUUCUUCGUGCUGCUGAGCAGGUUUCUGAACGAGCUGUUUGACGAGGAAGGGGGAGACAAGGCAGCGGAGGGCAUGGCAGGGGAGAUCCGCAUGGGGCAGCUGGGGCACGUGGGGGUGGCGCUGGGGGCGGCAGUGCUGGGGCUGAGGCACCUGGGGCUGUCCGGGUGGAACCAGGCGGAGUGCUUCUGUCUUGAGAACGAGCUCGCGUCCUGGCAGGCUGCUGGCAUCGGCAGUGCAGGUGUGGCAUCAGAGCAUGAUCUGCGGUGGUGGGCGUUGAGGCUCAAGGCUUCUUUGGACCGCAUGAGGCGACUCACAGAGGCCUUCACAGAGACCACACUUGAGCUCUUCUUCGAGCCCUCGCAGAAGCUAGGCCACGCACUGGGAAUCGAGGAGAACGCUGUGCGGACGUUUGCAGAGGCUGAGAUUCGAUCCAGUGUGGUGUUUCAGCUGGCAAAGCUCACCUCUCUGCUGCUGCGUGUGAUGCGGUCGGUGCUGGGGGCUGAGGGCUGGGAUGUGCUUGUUCCUGGCACUGCAGUGGGCAAGCUCGUGGAGGUGGAGCGUAUAGACCCUGACCUCCUGGCAACGCUCAAGGGCGAGCAGGGGGUGGUGCUGCUGGUGCAGCGUGCAGAGGGGGAUGAGGAGGUGAAAGCAGCAGGCGCCAACCUCAAGGCUGUGGUGUUGCUGCAGGAGCUGCCACAUCUCUCCCACUUGGCUGUCAGGGCCAGGCAGGAGGGUGUGCUGCUCAUGACAUGCGAGGAUGAGAACCGAAUCGCCGCCCUUCGCUCCGCUGUUGGCUCUCGAAUCCGCCUCGAGGCGGGGGUGGAGGGGGUGAAGGUCAUAACAGGAGCUGCUGUGGACCAGCGCUCCUCCUCCUCCUCCUCCUCCUCUGCAGACGCUGCCGGUAGCGGUAGCAGUAAGAGCGAGGAUGAAGUGUGGGUGCAGGCACUGAAACCGCAACCUGUCCGAGUGCAGGAGGCGCGGCUGCCAGUGCUGCCGCUGCACGAGGCCCAGCUGGCCACGUGUGGGGCCAAGGCGCAUGCGUGCGCCAAGCUAGAGGAGCUCUCAAUCGCCUCCACCUUUGCAGGUGCUGACUUCUCCGUCCCUCGUUUCGCUGUGAUCACCUUUGGAGUAAUGGACGCGUCCAACCGCCGCACACUCUUCCACCGCCUCGUCGCCACCCUCAACACUUUCCUUUUUCUUACUCCACUCCCCCGUUCCCCCGCUUUUCCAGGUGCUGACUUCUCCGUCCCCCGCUCGGCGGUGAUCACCUUUGGAGUAAUGGAAGAGGCCAUCACCGCUUCCAACCGCCGCACACUCUUCCACCGCCUCGUCGCCACCCUCGACGACCCGAACCUUCAAGGAAGCGUUCUCGACAGCACCUGCGCCCAGAUCCGCACUCUCCUAGAGGAAUCCCCCCUCCCCCCCGCCUUCUUCCGAACCCUCUCCUAUAUCUUCUCCGCAAACGCUCGCCUUAUCGUCCGCUCGAGCGCCAAUGUGGAGGAUCUAGCUGGCAUGUCCGGAGCUGGGCUGUAUGAUUCGGUCCCGGACGUCACCCUCUCCGACCCUGCUUCGUUCGGCCGAGCCGUAGCCUCGGUGUGGGCGUCACUGUUCACGCGGCGCGCGGUGCUGAGCCGGCGGGCGGCGGGCGUGCGUCAGAGCGAUGCGGCUAUGGCGGUUCUAGUCCAGGAGUUAAUCUCCCCACCGGAUCUUAGCUUCGUGCUGCACACCAAGGGAAUCGGCACUGGUGCUGGUGGGGCUCUCGUUGUUCCCAGUCCACGACUUGCCAACAGCAGCAGCGGCAGUGGCAGUGGCAGUAAUGGGAAAGCCACGGGAUCUGCGUCUACGAGUGCUGUUGCUCCCGGCUCAUCUGCACCGUCGGAUUUCCUCUCCGCUGAGGUGGCACCAGGGCUGGGCGAGACUCUGGCGUCCGGCACACGUGGCACGGCGUGGCGCUUCGCUGUCGGGAAAUCCGACGGCUCGGUUCGAAUCCUGGCGUUUGCGAAUUUCAGCGAGAAAAUCGUGAUGGCGCCUGUUGCUGCUGGGGGCGGUUCGGGUGGAAGGAAUACAGGCGCUGGGUCGGGGGGAGGGGGAGGAGUUGUGAUGCAAGCAGUGGAUUACAGUGGUCAGCUGCUGUCUACGUCGCCUGAUGCUCAGGUGGUGCUUGCUAAGAAGCUCGAAGCUGUUGGGGCGUUUUUGGAAGACCGGUUUGGUUCGCCUCAGGACAUUGAAGGGUGUGUUGUGGGUGAUAAGAUCUAUGUGGUGCAGUCGCGGCCUCAGCCUUGA